AUCUAGCGUUGAUACAAAUAUUAGCUGCGCGUGAUGUUUUGUUAUUCUGAUAUAUAAUACGGACAGUAACAAUAAAUUAUAAUUGAAGUAUUUUUAUGUAUAUUAUACGACGCAUGUAAAAUGAAAUAAAUUUUCUUAAUUUUUUUCCUAGUAUAUAUUACGAUUAUAACCACAAUCUACGUAAUCGUACUCUGGUAUAACUUGGUGCUUGGUCCAGGUUAGUCAAUCAAAAUUGAUAAAAAUGGCAUCUCAAACUUCGGCUGCUGUUCGUCAAGUGAAACCAAUUUUAUCCGUUAACAGAGAAGAUGCACGUGGAAAAGUGCUUAAGUUGUAUAAAGCAUGGAUUCGUCAGGUGCCAACCUCGUUGCUAAGCUACGAUAUUCCCAAGAGUGAAGCGGAAUGUAAGAAAAAGAUACGUGAAGAGUUCAAACGUCAUGCUCAUGUGACUGACUUAAGGAUUAUAGAUCGGCUUAUUAUAAGGGGUCAAAUGGAACUGCAAGAAGUAGCUAAUGUUUGGAAACCUAAGGGAUCACUUAUGUAUUAUUGGAAGGAAACAUGGGAAAAGAAACCAACUGAUUUCAUGUCAAAAUUUCUUAGGGGUCAAGAUUAAUUUACUCUGCCAUUAAUUCGUAAAAUGCAUCUUUAUGAUUGCAUUAUAGAAAUAUGCGAUUGCAAUAAUUUAUGUAUAUAUAACAUGUAAAUAUAUAAAGAUUUCAUCUCUGACUUGGACAGAUAGACAUUUUAUGUUGUAAUUAUCUGUGAAAUGAAAGUUAACAGC